UGCAACUUGUAAACACAGAGAAAAUAAAUAAACCAUCAUCAACAAAUGAACAUGCUGUUUAUUGUUCUAGCGUUAUCAAUGCUCUGUGGAUGCCAAGUCGCCGCAGAUUAUACGUAUAAAUCUGUAGUACCCAAGCUAGUGAAGCAGGGUGAGCCCUAUGUGAUUUACUGCGACCCCAUUCUUGCAGGAGUUACGGAAAAAUCCCAGGGAGUUAUAAAUUUAAAGCUGACCUACAAAAACUACUUUGCUAAAAUAGAUCUUAAGGGAUUUCACAAAAACCUCCCACCCGGGUGGGUCGGUUUUCAGGAGGGAAUGUACGGCGGAAAAAACGGGUAUGAAUUGUACGGUUUAUCAGCCAUACGUAUCAAAGUUGUAGUCGAGCAAGCUGAAGACACGGAGAGCGGCCAAGUUUGUUGCGGUAGUGAAUACGAAUUCUUCGGCAGUCGUCAGGAGUACAUACAAGAAUGUCAGGAGGUGAAAGUCUCCAACAAAGCGUUAGUGGAUCUCUCUACACCCGGCGUGGGGAAAACUGUGAAUGUUUUAUGUCAAGUCGACUUCGUCGUAGAUAUUGAAACCUCUGAACUGGAAUAUGUAAUGCUGGCAUGGGCUAAUCAGCAUUCAUAUAUUGAAUAUAGCAUGUCAGCAAAUGAGCCGAACCAAACGAGUUCGCUCGUAAAGGCCAGCAAACCACACUGGAGCUACACGCACACUGGGACUGAUGUGAACAGCAACCGCCGGUUUAACACGAAGGGAGCCACACUGGGGAUAACAAUCAGUAAAGUUGAGCUCGAGGACUCCGGGUUUUUCUGCUGCGGUUUGAUUUACUAUGACCAUGAGGAUGCGAGGAAGUAUGAGCACAGAUGUCAAUAUAUGCACG